AUGGAUCUUCGCUCCAUUAUCAAUACAAACGAAGGCGGCGACAGCUCUGUCCCCAAGCAAGCGGCGCCGGUCACCCCAAUACAGGCUCCUCCAGGGCAGGGCUUUCGAGAGUUUCACCAUCUUCCCCAAGCCUCACCAGGCAAACACCCUUCACAAGAUUACACCUCACAGACCGGCCCCUAUGCUUCGCCAACUGCAUAUCAGGGUGCCUAUCAAGGCCGACCUCCUCCACCUCCACCAAUUCAAGCACCUCAAAACGAUUUACGUUCCCCAGCACGAUCUUACAGUGUUCAGUCGCCCUACCAACAUACGCCCUCCUCGUCCAGUACCAACCAAUACCCCUUUCCACAAAGCCAAACCCCCCAAAGCCCUGCACAACAGCUCCAGCAAUACCCACCGUCUUUUCCACAACGCGAAAGUUAUCCUCAAUCUAAUCCUCCUCAUCUCCAACACCAUAACCCACAAAGUCGGGGAUCUCCAGCUCCACAAACUCCUCCAAUUGGCAUACCCGGCGCUCCUCAUCCAUACCUCCAACAUCAGAGAUCUCAGUCUUCAAUCUCUACCGGCACACCUACUUCAGCGCAGAGCCAACAGCCAUACUACAAUCCAUAUAGGCAAGAGAGCCCCGUCUCUACUAGUCAUUUUCCGCCUACUCAAAUUCCACAACACCAGCGACAGCAGUCACAGCCAGGUACACCACUUGGUCCACCCCUGACUCAAAGGCAUUCAUCAGGUGGCUUUGUUCAACCUACAAGCCCAUAUCAGCAACGAAGCGCCUCUUCUGGACCUUUUAACUUUCAGCAAACUUCUCCCGCCCCUCCACCGUCUGCCUCUAUACCCCGACAGCCGAGUACGCCUAGUGCGUAUGAUUCACAGAGGACGCCCACGAGCGAACAAAGGAGAUCUCAAAGUGAAAGAGAACGAAGCAUUAGCGUCAGCCCCAAGACUCGCCUUCCGAGUCAACCGUCAACAAACAUGGCAACGGUAACUCCGCAAUCGGAAAACGGUUACACUAAUUCGACCAAGAGGAAAUUGGACGAGCGCGAGAUGCCAGUCGAACAACCUCGACCGUCACAAUAUCCUGAUGUAAAGCCUCCAGUGAAUGGUGAAUCUCGCACCUCUCAAUCCCAUACCGUAUCGCCGAAGCCACCUGCAAAAAAGCGAAUGCGCUACACAGAACCUCCAAUUUGGGCCCAAAGCAUCAAAACCAAGACGGCUUUCGCUUCUAAAAAGCGAGCUCUUGCAAAUUUGAACGGCAAGCAGCCAGAACCAUAUCCUAUAGCUACGCCAGUAGUGAAGUCCGAAAUGAAUGGCAACCACCAGGUCUCACCUGCGGCGCCUCGACAAGGUACAUAUGAUGCGCCACCUGAUCAAACAAUUCUCCUUGGCCCAUGGGAAAAAAGCAUAACUGGUAAUCCACCCAUGGACCAGACGACGAAGAAGAUAGCAGACUUCCUGUUCACUACAGUUGUCUCCCGCAAUGAUUUGGGUGAACUUUUGAGCAGGGGGGUUGAGAUCGAGAUUGAGGCUAAGCUUGGUCACCUCAUCGACAAGCAAACAAAUGUGAGGUUUGAACCAAAUGUUCGUAUUGAAACGGAAUGUGUUCUAGCGGAAAAUCCCAAUCUCAUCGCCUUCAGAAGCUCAAUGACGGAUGCUCAACACUCCACGUUGAAUAACUUUCUAAAUGCACAAGUGGCAGCUGCUCAUCCAAACAAUCCGGAUUCCAAGAAGAGGGUCUCUAUCGACUAUCUUCAUCGAAAAGAGACCGACACAUUCUAUCAUCUACCGCCCUCCUGGUUGCCUCAUUUACCAGCAGUCAUUAGAGAAUAUCUCAAACCUCACCAACCUGUCAAAGUUCGAGUUACUCGCGACCAAAAGACCGGCAACGUCUUGGCCAAGAUAAUCAAAGCUCGCAUUGCGGAUAUGAGUAUCUAUAAUCCUCAAGCGCCGCUUGAUUGUCGAAUCAGCGUCAAUUUUGAAAUGCGGUACGAUGGUGACAUUGAACUGCUCGUGCCAUCUCCGGAUGCGCCAGAGCGUCACAAAGAUCGCAUGAGCUACACUCAAGGCCCCUAUCAGAUUGAUCUCACUCUAGUUACGCAAAUCAUGGCAGCAAAUGGUGGCAACCGAACAAGCAAAGAGCAUGAGCUGGAGAUUGAACUUUCUACGGCAGCUGUAAGCGAACAAGGCCGAAGAGCUGCGACAAAUGAACCUCACGAGUAUCCUUCUUUAGUUGAGGGUUUCCUGAAUAACGUAUUGGUGCUUGCAAGAGAAGCGCCGCCGGUUCCACAAUAA